AUCACCUGCUUGUAAAAAGUACAAUGUAUUAUUCUAUCUUCUGGAUAGUUAGACACCAUUAAUAUUUGUACAAAAUGUUUUACUUUAAAGCUAUGUGCACUGAUUGCACGAAUUGUAUUAUAGUAACCAGGAAAUUAUUUUUAUACAGUGUUGAUUUGCAUGAAUUGCAUUAUAGGUCACUAUGCAAGGUAAUUCUUUUUAUACAAUGCCAAAACACACCUCCUUUGAAAAGUAAGCAUUUUUUAUUUGACUUUGUAAUGUUACUUGUAGUCAAAUAUCUGUCCCAACUAUUUUUCUUCUGUGGCUCGCACCCCUAUUCCCCUUAUCCGUUCUGUCUCUCGGUCUACCCCCUAAAACCCUUUUCUUUCCAGCUGCAUUUUGCUUUUUACUUUUUUACAAUACUUUGAAGACCUCAGUGCCACCAGCACGCCUUCCCAUGAGGAAGCAGAGUCUGGGGUCGCUGAGGAUGGCUCUCCUCUCUCUGGGGUUGAGGUUACCGAGGUGGUUUAAAGGCUCCUCGAUGGCAAGGCGCCGGGGGUGAAUGAGAUUCGUCCGGAGUUCCUAAAGGCUCUGGAUGUUGUGGGGCUGUCCUGGUUGACACGCCUCUGCAACAUCGCAUGGACAACGGGGACAGUGCCUCUGGAUUGGCAAACUGGGGUGGUGGUCCCCCUUUUUAUGAAGGUGUACUGGAGGGUGUGUUACAACUACAAGGGGAUCACACUCCUCAGCUUCCCUGGUAAGGUCUAUUCAGGGGUACUGGAGAGGAGGGUCCGUCGGGAAGUCGAAUCUCAGAUUCAGGAGGAGCAUUGUGGUUUUCGUCCUGGCCGUGGAACAUUGGACCAGCUCUACACCCUCGGCAGGGUCCUCGAGGGUGCAUGGGAGUUUGCUAACCAGUCUACUUGUGUUUUGUGGACUUGGAGAAGGUGUUCGACCAUGUCCCUCGGGGAGUCCUGUGGGGGUUGCUUCGGAAUUAUGGGGUAUCGAACCCCCUGAUACGGGGUGUUCGGCCCCUGUACGGCUGGUGUCAGAGUUUGGACUCGUUUCCGGUGAGGAUUGGACUCUGCCAACACUGCCCUUUGUCACCGAUUCUUUUCAUAACUUUUAUAGACAGAAUUUGUAGGAGCAGCCGAGACGUAGAGGGGGUCCGGUUUGGUGGCCUCAGUAUUGCAUCUCUGCUUUCUGCAGAUGAUUUGGUUAUGUUGGCUUCAUCAAGCCGUGAUCUCAAACUCUCUCUGGAGCGGUUCGUAGCCGAGUGUGAAGCGGCUGGGAUGAAAAUCAGCACCUCCAAAUCUGAGCUCAUGGUCCUCAGUCAGAAAAAGGUGGCGUGCCCUCUCCAGGUAUGGGAAUGAGAUCCUGCCGCAAGUGGAGGAGUUCAAGUAUCUUGGGGUCUUGUUCACGAAUGAGGGAAGAAUGGAACAGGAGAUUGACAGGCGGAUCGGUGCAGCUUAUGCAGUGAUGCAGACCUUGUAUCGGUCCGUUGUGGUGAAGAAUGAGCUAAGCCGAAAAGCGAAGCUCUCAAUUUACCGAUCGCUCUAUUUUCCUUACCUCACCUAUGGUCACGAGCUGUGGGCCGUGACCGAAAUAACAAGAUCCCGGAUACAAGCGGCCGAAAUGUGUUUCCUCCGCAGGGUGUCCGGGCUCUCUCUUUGAGAUAGGGUGAGAAGCUCGGUCAUCUGGGAGGGGCUCAGAGUAGACCCGCUGCUCCUCCACAUUGAGAGGGACCAAAUGAGGUGGCUGGGACAUCUGAUUAGGAUGCCUCCUGGACGCCUCCCUGGUGAGGUGUUCCGGGCAUGUCCCACCGGGAGGAGACCCCGGGGAUGACCCAGGACAUGCUGGAAAGACUAUGUCUCCCGGCUGGCCUCGGGAUUCUCCCGGAAGAGCUGGAUGAAGAAGUGAAGUCUGGGUGUCCCUGCUAACUCUACUGCCCCCGCAGUAGCACCAAGUAACGGAAGCACCAAAAUAAAGAAUGUUAAAGAAUGUAUAAAAAAAACAUCGAGGGAAAUGGACCCUUGAACAUAGAUGAUCACUACCUGAAAUAACAAACCAGUUAUGGAAACUUUGACGAGUACUUUGAGUGUUUAAGAUGUAUAAGAUGUUUUUUAUUUUAUGUUUUCGUGUUGUUAUUUAAUGCUACAAACACACGUUAUAUUUUGGAACCUUCGUUUCUUGGCAGUCUGGAUUUGCAUAUUAGCUAAAUAUUUAGUUAGACCUGAAGCAUUUAGAUUUAAUAUUUAAAUAUGUAUUUGAUUGUUUUAAUAGUUACAUUUAAGAUUAACAUAUAUUAAACAUUUAGUUUUAAGAUUCAUAUUUAAAUUUACAUUUAAGAUUUAGAUAUACAUAUAUUUAAGAUUUAUAUAUUUAACAUUUAGAUUUAAGAUUGGCGCCUGUGUGGAGUUUGCAUGUUCUCUACGUGACUGCGUGCGUUUUCUCCGGGAAUUCUGUUUUCCUCCCACAUCCCAAAAACAUGCAUGGUAGGUUAAUUGAAGACUCCCAAUUGCCCAUAGGUGUGAAUGUGAGUGCGAAUGGUUGUUUGUUUAAAUGUGCCCUGCAAUUGGCUAGCAACCAGUUCAGGGUGUACCCCGCCUACUGCCCGCAGAUAGGCUCCAGCAAGCCCGUGACCCUGGUGAGGAUAAGCGGUACAGAAAAUGGAUGGAUGGAUGGCUUUAAGAUUUAUAUAGUUUCCACAGAGGCUGGUUUAACAUUUUUGAAGACUUCUCCAGAGUGAAAGAAAGGAAACAGACACACAAGAUGCACUGCAAUGAGGACUUCCUCAACUAUCUCAGCUUUGGCAUGAUCAUGGCAGGACUAUGGCAUCUGUACCACCAUAGGAAAACUCAAACCAGCUAUGGCCGCCACAUGGUACACGAUCGUCACACCAGGUUGGUGCCAGCCCGCCUGGCUUGGUUUCUCCAGGAGUUACCAGCUAUUCUGGUCCCAUUACUUCUGAUGCUCACUUCGCACAAACCCUACAGUGUGGGAAAGAGGCUACUACUUGGAACCUUUUGCCUUCACUAUUUUCACAGAACAUUCAUCCAUUCAUUCCUGAUCAGAGGAAACCCUUACCCACUGAGUGUGAUGGUGGGAGCAGUUAUCAUUUGCUCUGUGAAUGGAUUCUUGCAGGGACACUACCUGUUGCAUUGUGCUCAGCUGGAUGAGUGGAAAACUGACUGUCGGCUUAAAAUUGGUUUAUUACUAUUUUACACCGGAAUGGCAAUCAAUAUAUACAGUGAUUAUCAUCUACGUAACUUGAGGAAAAAGGGGGAAUUGAUUUACAAAGUCCCUACAGGAGGCCUUUUUGAAUAUGUAUCUGCGCCAAAUUACUUUGGAGAGAUUUUUGAGUGGUUUGGCUACGCCAUGGCAACUUGGAGCCUUCCAUCGCUCUCGUUUGCUGUGUUUACUACAUGCUUCAUAGGCCCAAGAGCUGUUUACCAUCACAGGUUUUACAAGGAGAAAUUCAAGGACUACCCAAAGUCUCGAAAGGCUGUAAUUCCAUUUUUACUUUGAGAAAAGAUCCCACUGUGAUCUGAAGACAAUGGCUGACAGGCCCGCAGAAUUCACAUAUAUGCAUUUGCUACUUAUAUUUUGUUCAUGUGCAAAAGUAGGUUUACUGACUGAAGGAUUCACUUGAGGUGAUUCAAACAUCCGAUUAGAUGUUCUCUAGCAGUACCUUUCAUUGGUGGUGGUUCAGUCAUAUCAACCACCAGGAUACAGAACACUAUGGAGGGAAUUGGCAAGACUAGAAGGCCAAGAUCAAUGAACCUUAUUUAACCAGGUAAAACAGUAGAGAACCAAUUGUCAUUUACAAUGAGGACCUGGCCAUUUGACAGUCACAUACAUAAUAGUGAUACAUAAGAUACAAUCAGGAAAUCUUAACUAAUGUAAAAAAAUAUUUACAUAUGUACUGUGGAAAAAAAAAAAAGUACACAGACACUAAACCAUAACAGAAAAAGGUGCGGCAAUCAUCAUUAAAUGUACUACUAAUAAAACAAAAUUGUAACAGACUCCCUGUCCUUGACUGUUAGAGGACAUGCAGGAAUGGCUGGGAAACGAGGAGGAAGACUGAAAUGCCGCAAAUGUUAAACUUCCCCCCCCCAUAUACAGUCACUGUGAUCAUACACUUGUAAAGAAUAACUUGAAAAAUAAUAAACUGAAGCAAAUUGCACGUCAUUCUUACGGUUUUGUAAAAUGAUAGUUUAUGAAAUGUAAGUAUUUUCUCAUGCACUUGUAUUGCUUUGCAUUAAAAUGUUAUAUUUAUUAUGCUUUGAA